UUUUGACCCGUAGUUAAAUUCUUGUCCCGUCAGCACUUUGGAGUCGAUAAAACUCUCGUGCGGCCCUGGGUCUGCCUCUUGCGCGCGCCCAGACUCCUCUCGAGCUCCGUCCAAGCCUCCGCCAUGACCACCGCCGCACAGCCCAUCUUCUCCAAGGGGGAGGACUGCAAGGCCGCCUGGCACGAUGCGAGCGCCGGCUACAACGAGGCCGACACGCACCUGGAGAUCAUGGGCAAACCCGUGAUGGAGCGCUGGGAGACUCCGUACAUGCACUCGCUGGCCACCGUCGCCGCGUCCAAAGGUGGGCGUGUCCUGGAGAUCGGCUUCGGCAUGGCCAUCGCCGCCACCAAAGUGGAGUCGUUCCCCAUCGAGGAGCACUGGAUCAUCGAGUGUAACGACGGAGUGUUCGCCCGCCUGGAGAACUGGGCCAAGUCACAGCCGCACAAGGUGGUCCCUCUUAAAGGUCUCUGGGAGGAGGUCGUCCCCACGCUGCCAGACAACCACUUCGACGGAAUCCUGUACGACACCUACCCCCUGUCAGAAGACAAGUGGCACACGCAUCAGUUUGACUUCAUCAAGGGUCACGCACACAGGCUGCUGAAGCCCGGGGGAGUCCUCACCUACUGUAACCUGACGUCCUGGGGAGAGCUGCUCAAGACCAAAUACGACAACAUCGAGAAGAUGUUUGAGGAGACGCAGGUGCCCCACCUGAUCGAGGCCGGCUUCAAGAAGGAGAACAUGUCCACCGGCACCAUGGACAUCGUGCCCCCGACCGAGUGCAAGUACUACGCCUUCAACAAGAUGAUCACGCCCACCGUCGUCAAGCAGUGAGAGGACGAAGACAUUUUGUACAGCGCACACACUCCCCCCGCCCCCGGCCCCGCACGUCUGUUAACAAUAAAACCCGUCCAAAUCCAUACAAA